UCUGCGAGACGUUUUUUUCGAUAAAAACGGCAACGUACUUACGGAGGGCAAAAAGUACAAAAUGUCUGCGUUGUCCCGAACGUUAGACAGUAUAGCCAGGCACGGCGGGGAUGUGUUUUAUUCCGGAAACAUCGCAACGAACCUCGUCGCAACUAUCCAAAGCCAAGGCGGAAUUAUAACCAAAGAUGAUUCAAGAACUACAAAGUAGAGGUAACAAAGCCAAAAUAUUCAGAAUUGAAGACGGCGGGUUUGAGAAUGAUUUCCACAGGUCCACCGGGUGGUGGGGCAUUGUUCGAAUUCAUCCUCAAAACGUUAGAAAAAUUCGAGCUGAACCCAAAAAGCCUUGAAGGGGAAAAUUUGGCGUACACGUUGCAGAAGAUAGCAGAGGUGUUCAAAUUUGCUGCCGCAGAAAGAACACAUUUAGGUGACCCACGUUUUGAAAACGUGGCUGGUGAAGUGGCUAAGCUAACAUCUGAUUCAUUUGCCGAGAAAAUCAUGAGAAAAAUCAGAGAUCAUGGACACCACACAAGCGACGACUCGAAAGGUUAUUAUGGGGCACAAUUUUACAACGCAGGGGAUGCAGGAACCACGCAUCUUAACGUUCUUGCGGCAAACGGUGAUGCUGUUGCGGUUACGAGCUCGAUCAAUUAUUACUUCGGGUCGCGCGUUUAUUCGCCGUCUACGGGAGUCAUCCUUAACAACCAGAUGAUUGACUUCUCCAGCCCUGGUUUUCAUAGAGACGACCUACACUUUCCAGAGUAUUCCAUGAAUUUUAUCAGACCAGGGAAGCGCCCGAUGUCGUCCGUCUGCCCCACCAUCAUGAUUGACAAGAACAAGAACGUGCAGGUGGUCAUUGGAGCGUCAGGCGGCAUGAUGGUCCCUACAGCAGCCGCGAUGGUUUUUGCCAACAUGCAGUGGUUUGGUAUGAACCUGGCCGCGGCAUUAGACAGCCCAAGAAUCCACAGCCAGCUGGAGCCCAACAUUCUGGACAUGGAGCGGAAACUCUGGAACAACCACGAACUCGUGCACAAACUCUCGCUCUGGAACUACAACCCAUCACCUGAGGUUUUCACUAUACUAAGGGAGUUCGCCGUUGUGCAGGUUAUAUGGAGGAAGGGGACGGAAAUACACGCGGGCAGCGAUCCUCGAAAAGGGGGGAAACCAGCGGGGUACUGAGGGAGUGGUUCAUUUUAUGUCAUACCUGGGUCAUAACAUUCGAUACAUUGUACGAAGUUUUCUGGACC